AUCAAAAUUAAAAUUAAAAUUAAAAAAAAAUCCAAAUCCCUUCUCUAUCUUGAACUUCUCUCUUCUCUUUGCUUCCACAAUUCUGUCAAUACUCUUUUUUAUUUUAUCUUUUGCACCACCACAUAUCUCUCUCUCUUUCAAGAUGUUUGUUUCUUGAACUAGAAAAUCUUUUCUCUUCUUCCUCUUUGUCAGUUGCCAAUCUUUUUAGGGUUUUCUUGAGGGGAUUUUAGAGAAUUUUUAAAAAUAAUUCUGCUUCUUGAUUCAUUUUUAUCAUAUUUUCUUCUCUUUACACCACUCUUUUUAGUUUUUUCUUGAGGGAGGUUUUCAAAGUUUUCAAAUUUACACCACAAGAUGAAUGGUUUUAUGAAUCAUCAUUUUGAGCCAAGUUCCUAAGCUUUCCACCACCAUAUAUCUCUUUUUAGGUUUUUUCUUCAGGGGGUUUUUGAGAGUUUUUAAAGUAUGUCUAGAGAAGGCUGGCUUCAUGAAUCAUCAUCAUCUUCUUCUUUCAGUCAAAUUCCUGAUCUUUCUUUACAGAUAAGACCUCCAAACAGUGCUCCUUCUUCAAUUUGUACUGCAACAAAUGAAGCAGAAGAAGAAGAAGAAGGUUCAACCUUUGAUAUUUGGAGAAAUGACCUAAAAUCUCACAGUGAUGAUACCUCCAUUAAAGCUCCUGAGCAAGCAGCAGCAGCAGUAGCUGCAGACACUGAGCUUUCUCUAGUCAAUCCUGCCGCCUUCGACCUCGAGGCCGAGAGCCCCUGGAGAAGAAGAAGAAGCAUACUUGGACCUGGAAACGAUCACAAUAAUCCUCUUCUUCUUCAUCCUUCCCAAAUGAACCAUCUUAAUCAUGGCAUCUCUCUCCUGGAUGUUUCAGGGGUCAAACCCAUCAAAGGGAUUCCACUAUACAACUUGCCAUAUUUCGAAGCUCAAAGGCCACUGGAGCCUAAUAAGUUCCGAAUCUAUCAAAUCCCAUAUUCUUCUUCUUCUUCUUCUUCUUCAUCAUCUUUACCUUCUUCUAUCCUCAGCGCGCGAGAUAACAAUAUUAAUUUGAGCCCAUCUCUCGGAGCAUAUAGAUCAAUCCUGGGAGCUGCUGCACCAGAGUUUCAGUAUGGAGUUGGUUCUUCGGAGUUGUGGAAUUGCAAGAUCAGAUCAAGAUUUAUCCCAAAUAAGCUUCAUCAAAACAACAAGAGGAACAUGAGGGCUCCAAGAAUGCGUUGGACUAGCUCUCUUCAUGCUCGUUUUGUUCAUGCAGUUGAGCUCCUCGGCGGCCAUGAAAGGGCAACUCCAAAGUCGGUUCUUGAGUUCAUGGAUGUCAAAGAUCUAACUCUAGCUCAUGUUAAAAGCCAUUUACAGAUGUAUAGAACUGUUAAAAGCACUAACAAGCCUGGAGCUUCUUCAGGCAAUGAAGAUUUCUUGCCGGUAGCAGCUUCUUUUCAUCAAAAUGAUAACUGUUUAUUCAAUAACAAUGGAGCUUUAAAUGAACCAUCAAGAGAAGAAUGGCUACAGAACAGUUCAAGCAAUCUGGAUGAGCAUAGAUCAGAAACUAGAAUAUCUGAGCGCCAAACUCCUGGAUUUCAAUCUCAGGGAAGCACUUUUUCUCAAGCCAGUUUUGUUGUUCAGCAGAAUCCAAGCUUAGAGUUCUCCUUAGGAAGAUCCAACUGCUAUGGCAAAGAACAUGACUGAACUAAAUAAAUUAUAUAAAUUCUCCACAUAUAAUAAUAUAAUAUUAUUGAAUUUCUUGAUACAAGAAAUAAAUACCCUAAAGAAAAAUAAGAAAAGCAUCGACUUGUAGACUAAGUCUAAUGUUCGAUUCUUUUAAAGCCAGACUGUGAGGAUUUUCUCAUAAAUUCUCUAGCUCCGACAUGGACUAAAUACCCUGCCAUUGACCGGAACAUUGAGGAGACUUAAUCCGAGUCGAGAAAACCCCCAGCCAUGUUGAAAAAAUUAGGGUCUUGUAUCCAUUACAUUUGGCUAGUCAUCUUUUGAAAAGUUGCAUGCAUGUGUGUGGUUGAUUAAUUUAUUCUUUUUAUUAUUGAAUUAAAUCAUAUAUAUUAUAUUUAUUAUUAUAAUUUUUGUUUAA